AUGAUUAAACAACAGCAACCACAGCAACUUAAGGCGCAAAGCACCCAGGUCCUUCAGACCAUUACAUACGCCAUAUAUGCAUAUAAUUCAAAGACGGCAGAACAAACGCAAAGGUUGAAAUAUGGAGAUUUGGAGAUAGUAUUGAAAAAUGACCAUUUCGAAUUCGUUUGCAAAGGUGGUGCAGUGAUAUCAAAUAUAAAAGAAAUUUUAUUUAUGAAUUCUAAAAUUAAAGGUAUAACGGAUGAUAUAACAUCAAUUCCACCAGAAGAACAGAGAUAUUACGCAUUAAAUGCAUUUCCUAAAGUUUUGAAGAUUGGAAGAUUUAAUUUAAAUGAGGAAUUCAUAGAAGGUUUCCUAAACGACAUAAUGAAGAAAGCAGAUAAGGAAUAUGUGGAUAGUGAAUUAAUGAAGAAGGCAAAUUUGGUUUAUGUUGAUGAAAAAGAUAAUGAAAUUAAAGAAAAGGUUGAAUGGUAUCAUGAAUGGACAUUUGAGACUUUUAAAGUUAAAGCUGAUACAGAAUGGGUUUCGGGAUGUUUAGACCUUAAAGCAGAUAAAACUUAUGUUAACGAUGAGUUAGAGAAGAAGGCGGAUAAGGAAUGGACAUUUGAGACUUUUAAAGUUAAAGCUGAUACAGAAUGGGUUUCGGGAUGUUUAGACCUUAAAGCAGAUAAAACUUAUGUUAACGAUGAGUUAGAGAAGAAGGCGGAUAAAACAUAUGUUAACGAAAUAUACCAAAGUUUGAUAGGAACAAAAAUAUUGAAACUAUUGUUGGUGACUUUUCUGUCAAUGAAGAAAAUAAAUAUUUUAGAUGGCAGUUUGUACACUCCUUAA